AUGGGUAAUAUCCCAAAAAUUCAAGCGAGUCAGAGGACAGAGUAUGUAACCAAAAUUGAUAAAGGACUGUACCAACAUGCAAAACCCAAAGCUGCACCAUCAGCAUCACCUUUUCCAGAGAAACAAUCUAUUGCCAAUGAUGAAGCGGUCAUCCGAUCAGUACAACAAAUUCCUGCUAUUACGUCGUAUCCAUCCAGUCUUGAAGACGACAACAUGACAGAGAAGACAGCAAUGGCUGACGAUAAAGACACUGCCCAAGGCAUCAAGGAAGCAAAGCAGUGGAAAGAGAUGAAAGUGCAACUAUCAGAUCUACCAGGGAUCUAUGCGAGACUGUCUAAAAUAAAACUCACAGCUUUAGUUGCAACAACUGCAUCUGCUGGAUUUGCAAUGGCACCUGUACCCUUUGACCUUGGCUGUUUCCUUCUCGCCACUUUUGGAACAGGCCUUGCUUCCUGUGCUGCCAACUCCAUUAACCAGUUCUUUGAGGUGCCAUUUGACUCGAACAUGAACAGGACGAAGAACAGACCCCUGGUCAGAGGACAAAUUAGUCCACUCCAUGCAGUGUCUUUUGCAGUCGCCUGCAGUGUGCCUGGUAUAGCUCUACUGACUCUUGGAGUUAACCCACUGACUGGAGCAUUAGGAGCCUUUAACAUUUUCCUCUACACGUGCUGCUACACCCCAAUGAAGCGAUUGAGUAUACUUAACACCUGGGUAGGCUCUGUGGUUGGAGCUAUUCCUCCAAUCAUGGGCUGGACAGCAGCCACUGGCACCAUCAGCGCAGGUGCCUUGCUAUUGGGUGGAAUCCUGUAUUCUUGGCAGUUCCCACAUUUCAAUGCUUUAAGCUGGAAUCUUCGAGAAGAUUACUCACGAGGUGGCUACCGCAUGAUGUCAGUCACACAUCCAUUGCUAUGCAAACGAGUGGCAUUCCGCCACUGCAUUGCUCUCAUUGGAUUGUCAACAUUGUGUUCUGUCUUUGAUGUAACUACGUGGACUUUCCCACUUAUUUCACUCCCAAUCAACUUGUAUAUCAGCUACCUCGGCUAUCGAUUUUACAGGGACUCAAAUCGCAACAGUGCCCGAAAACUUUUCUUUUGCAGCCUCUGGCAUCUCCCUAUGUUAUUGCUCCUCAUGUUGACCUGCAAGAAAUCUCUAUUUGAAAAUGAAAACGUGGCUCACCACAAAGUUCAAACAGAAAUGCAAGGGUAACUUUCAUUUUUAUUAAGAGAUCUUUAGAAAUUAUCCAAGUGUAUUCCUGUGUCAUGUUGAUGAAUCUUCAUGAACUGCACUGGUCUGACUCCUGGCAUUUCAACAUACUACUGUGUAUGAUUUUGUACUGUAAGAUGAAAAUUGGUUUCAUCAUCUUCUUAGGAAUGUAAAUAGACCAUUCUUCCCCUGUAGUCUGCUCAGCCAUUCAGUAGAUCAUGGUGGAUCUAUACCUCCGCUGCUUUUACCCACUGUUGCUCCAUAUCCCUUGACAUGAAUAUAUCAGUCUCAAUUUUACAGGCUCCAAUUAUCUCAGAAUCCACAGCCUUUUGGGGGAAAAAGUUCCAGAUGUCUGCUAUCCUUUGUCUGGAGUAAAAAAUGCUUAUUGAUUUAUCUCCUAACUCGCCUAGCUUAGAUUUUAUGCCGCUUGAUCUUAAUUCACUCAUUAGGGUAAAUGGUUUAUCUGUAUCCAACCUUUGGACUCUUUAUGACAUUUUAAAUAUCUCAAUGAGUUCAACCCUCAAUCUUCUAAACUCCAGGGAAUACAAGCCAGGUUUAUGAAAUCAACACUUAUAGGACCUUCACAGGGGUUAAAUUGUAUUUUCAACUUGUACGUUGCACCCAUAAAUUCAUAAUGUGUCUUCCGAUCUCCCUGAGCUCUCCUUUAACAGUAUCUUACAGCCUCACACCCUGUAAGUAUCCCAUUGCUCCAUUACAUAAGCACACUGAUAACAAAUUAAAAUGCUGGUAAUGUUACCAAGGGGAAUUCAGGAUUUAUUAUAUAAUCAGUGGCCAGUGAUUUGCACAACAAAUGUGUUUCCUUAAAACAAAGUGUAAAAAUGUUAUUCAAUUGUGUUGUUCCAGAAAAUAAUAAAACAAAUUUUCCUAAGAAUGUGGCAUUACAGUGAACUGCACUUACUUUGAAGGCUUUUCAAAACAUUAAUCUGUUGGAGUACUUUUUAAGACAUCCUAUCACACUUUACAAUGUAUUGAAGACAUUUCUGUUCUGACCAAAGAUUUCUAUUUAACAGUGACACUUUGUUCAGAGCUUCAGAAGUGACAGCUUAUAUUGCACGUUCGAGUUAUCUUUCCGUAUUAUUUCAUGUUCCUAUGCCCAAGAUACAUUGUUUGCAUAUAUGAAGUCUGGCUAAACUACAGGCAUAGUCUGUCAACAACUAAUGAUGCUGAAUAUGUCCUUUGAAACUGAUUGCCUAGAAACAUCCUAGACUCGUGUUGAGUUACAUCAUGGAAAUUUAUGAAAGGACUAAAGGACUACUAUCUAAACCAUAGCUCAUAUUAUUGCAAAAUCUAUUUAUUGCAUCAAUAUGUUAUUAACAGUUGCAACUAAGUUGGUUUUUCAUCAUCUCAGAUUGUUAACACAAAGGAUAGAAUAGUAACUACCAUUCAAUCGCUUCAGUGAAACUUAAAGAUUGUUUCUGCACAGUUCAGAAGGUCACAACAUAUAAAUAGUCUAUAUUCAUGUGAAUAUGAAAUUACAUGAAUCUUCACGCUUUGCUGAAAUUCUUAUGCCAACAAUGCAACCCUUAGAUAUAAAUGUCUAUUUAUGCAUUAGUAACUGUGUGAGGGGCUGUAUAAAAUUGUGGUUAUGUUACUGGACCCAUAGUCCAGAGGCCUGGACUAAUGAUCCAGAGUUAAAAGUUCUACUUUCACCCCUGGAGCUGGAAAAUUUAAAUUCAUCCAUUUAAAUAAGUACAAAGUUAAACGAACAAGGAGCAGUAAUGGGGACAAUGAAACUACUGGAUUUUGUAAAGUCCCAUCUGGUUCAUUAAUGUCAUUUAGGACAAGAAAUCUGCCAUCCUUACCUGGUCUGACAUUUAUGUGACUUCAGACCCACAGCAAAUCAGUUGACUCUUAACUUCCAUCAGAGAUAUCUCAGCAGGGCACGCUGUUGUCUCAGAAUGUGCAUUAAACGCUGACGUGGCCAGCAACACCCACAUCCCAUGAGAGAAUUUUUUAAAAGUUAAGAGUAUGGUCAAUGUGUAAAGUAAUCCUCCAGCUUUUAUUUGCUGUCACUUUGACCUGCAAUAAUUAAUUAAUGUGAUGAAUAGAUUGGAAUCCGAUUGUAACUGUCUUAAUCAAAUUAAAUAUUUUAUUUAUAUUAUGUUUUUUAAUGAACAUAAUAAAUAUGUACAGCAGAACAAAAUGGUCCACGGUCGGGUUUACUUUUUUUUAAAAGUAGGGCAAGAGAAAUUAUAGUGUAAAAGGAUUUAUUCUGCUACUUAAGCUCCAAAGUAAAUGUAGUUCACACCAUUGUUAGCAUUAUGCGCAUUGUUUGAAAGAUUUUUUUAAAUGGAAGUGUAAAGAUUUGUUACCUACAUCAUAUUGUUUCUGAUCGGAUAGUCAACCAUCUGUGGUCAUAUCUUUGCAAGGUAUGUUGAUUAAAAGUAAAUUGUUUUUAAUGUGUAAUUGGUAAUUGGUCUCAUUGAGUCAGGGGUUAUACUGUUAUUGAGAGCAGAGUGAAUUUCCCUGCUUAAUGGAUUUGGAAAGAAACUUGCAAGAGGUCUCUUUAGAGACAGUGAUGUAUUUUUUGAUUGAGAAAAUAAAUAUGUCCUUCACUCACUGCAGGAAGACAAA